UUGUUAGGGUUUCUGUUCCCGUAGCCGGAGCCUACCAUCAUCAUCCGCCGACGUUCCUCGCCGUGGCGGACUGCGGAAGGUCCCCCUCUUACUUGGUUUUCCGGCCAAGUUUGUCGGAAAUAAGCGGAGUUUUCUUGUUUUAGUUUCUUGCAUGAUUAGGCCUAGAGGUGUGAGCGAUGGCUUCUAAGGGUGGAAAAUCUAAGCCUGAUAAUGAUUCAAGAGCUAAGCGCCCAAAGACGCUCGAAGCUCCCAAAGAACCACGUCGCCCCAAAACCCAUUGGGACCAUGUGUUGGAAGAGAUGGCUUGGUUGUCAAAGGACUUUGAAUCUGAAAGGAAAUGGAAGUUGGCGCAGGCGAAAAAGGUUGCUUUGAGGGCCAGCAAAGGAACGGUAGAUCAAGCAACCAGGGAAGAGAAGAAGCUAAAGGAAGAAGAACAACGAUUGCGGAAAGUAGCCCUUAAUAUUUCGAAAGAUAUAAAAAAAUUUUGGAUGAAAAUCGAGAAGCUGGUUCUUUACAAGCACCAGCUGGUGCUUGGUGAGAAAAAGAAAAAGGCAUUGGAUAAGCAUCUUGAAUUUUUGUUAGGCCAAACUGAGAGGUACUCAACCAUGUUAGCAGAAAAUCUAGUGGAGCCAUAUGAACGAGGGCAAAAUAAUGCUCCAGAGAAGCAACUAGCUAUUGAAUCAAAAAGUGAUGAGGAGAGUUUGGAACAAGAACCCAUCGAGUUGAAUGUCGCUGCAGGUUCUGAAUCAGGAACUGUUGAGAACGAUGUAGAUUAUGACAUAUCAUCUGGGGAUGACUCUGAAGAUAAUGAAGAUACAAUUGAAGAGGAUGAGAAACACAUCAGUGAACGGGAAAGACAAGAGGAAUUGGAAGCUUUGCAAAAUGAAGUGGAUCUACCUCUUGAAGAGUUGCUUAGAAGCUAUUCAGCAGCCCGAGGUCCCUCAAUCUGCACACUAACCUGCCAAAAAAUGGCUGAAAUUGAAACUGAUCUGGCCUCGGAAGGUCAAUAUCAUGGAAAGGAGGAGAAGAAUAAUAUUGCAGCUGCAAAAGAAACUGUAGGAAGCACAAGUGUUCGCCGUUCUGAUCAUAGCAAUGGUGAGUUAGCGAUGUCAGAGACCCAUUCUCAUGAGCUUGAGCCAGGCCCAUCUGAAGAUGUAACAACUAUCUCUUGGAAAUCUGAAAAGGAAGGUCAUCCAUAUGACUUCAAUGAUGAACAGGAAGAUGUAGACUUUGUAGUUUCCACUAAAGAGGAAAAGGAUGAUGAGGCAACACUAUCUGAAGAAGAGGAACUGGCAAAAGCAGAUACUAAAGAUCCCAUAGAUGAGAUUGCAUUGCUGCAAAAGGAGAGUGAAAUGCCUAUUGAAGAACUGCUUGCAAGGUAUAAGAAGGACAUCGAUGGCAAGGAAAUUUCGGAGGAUGAGUUUGGAGAUGCAUCUGCUUUAUCAGUAUCGGAAGGCCUUGUAGAGUCUCAUGAAAUGAAGCAGCAAGUCGAUUCAGAUGAUGAUAAUGUUGAUUCAGGAGCAUGUAAGCCAAAUUUGCAGCCAUGCUUCGAAAAUCAUGAAGAUGGGACCAAUGAAAUAAAAGAAGAAAAUGGUGUUAAAAUUGCUGAUGCUGCAGCAGCGGCAAGAUCCGCGCAGCCAACAGGUUUUACCUUCUCAACAACAAAAGUCCGUACGAAGCUCCCGUUUCUACUCAAGCAUUCACUGCGUGAAUACCAGCACAUUGGCUUGGACUGGCUUGUCACCAUGUAUGAGAAAAGGUUAAAUGGGAUUUUGGCUGAUGAAAUGGGGCUUGGGAAGACAAUCAUGACCAUUUCUCUUCUUGCACACCUUGCCUGUGACAAAGGGAUAUGGGGUCCCCAUCUGAUAGUGGUUCCAACAAGUGUGAUGCUGAACUGGGAAACUGAGUUUCUUAAAUGGUGUCCUGCAUUUAAAAUUCUCACCUACUUUGGGAGUGCGAAGGAGCGGAAAUUCAAGAGACAAGGUUGGAUGAAGCCAAAUUCAUUUCAUGUAUGCAUAACAACCUAUAGGUUAGUUAUUCAAGAUAGUAAAAUCUUCAAGCGCAAGAAGUGGAAAUACUUGAUUCUUGAUGAAGCCCAUUUGAUUAAGAAUUGGAAGUCUCAGAGAUGGCAAACUCUAUUGAACUUCAAUUCCAAACGCAGAAUUUUGUUGACUGGUACACCGCUGCAGAAUGACCUUAUGGAACUCUGGUCGCUUAUGCAUUUUUUGAUGCCACACGUUUUCCAAUCUCACCAGGAAUUUAAAGAUUGGUUUUGUAAUCCGAUAGCGGGGAUGGUGGAGGGACAAGAAAAAGUCAAUAAAGAUGUUAUUGAUCGCUUGCAUAAUGUCCUUCGUCCUUUCAUUUUACGGCGUCUAAAAAGGGACGUGGAGAAGCAACUUCCUGUGAAACAUGAGCAUGUUAUACUCUGUAGACUGUCUAAGAGGCAACGGAACUUGUAUGAAGACUUUAUAGCAAGCUCAGGAACACAGGCUACGCUUGCAAGCGGCAACUUCUUUGGGAUGAUUAAUAUCAUAAUGCAGCUGCGGAAAGUUUGUAAUCAUCCUGAUCUUUUUGAGGGUCGUCCUAUUGUUAGUUCUUUUGAUAUGGUUGGCAUUGAUGUGCAGUUGAGUUCAGCAAUUUGUUCUAUGCUCUCAGAAGGUCCCUUUUCCAGGGUAGAUCUUGAGGCUCUGGGACUCCUAUUCACGCAUCUAGAUUUCUCUAUGACUUCCUGGGAAGGGGAGGAAACGAAAGCUAUUUUGACACCUCCAGAUUUAAUCAAGCAACGUUGUGACUUUGACAAUGGGGAGGCAAUCUAUCUGGGUCCAAUAAAUGGUAAAAGGCUUCAAGGAACAAAUAUUUUUGAAGAAAUUCAAAAAGCAAUCUUGGAGGAGAGGAUUAAAGAAGCUAAAGACCGAGCAGCAGCCAUUGCUUGGUGGAAUUCUUUGAGAUGCCAAAGAAAACCUACUUACUCAAUGUCUCUAAGGGAGCUUUUGACCAUAAAAGGUCCCCUUGAUGAUCUAAAUCACUGCAAGGCUAGUCGUUCAUCCUACAUGUAUUCCUCAAAGCUUGCUGAUAUAGUUCUUUCACCAGUCGAGCGUUUUCAGAAGAUGAUCGAGUUAGUUGAAGCUUUCACUUUUGCGAUACCAGCUGCACGAGCACCAGCACCUGUUUGCUGGUGCAGCAAAAGUGAGACUCCUGUUUUCCUUGAUCUAACAUACAAGGAGAAAGCUACAGGCUUGUUGUUUCCUCUUCUGUCACCCAUUAGACCUGCUAUUGUGAGAAGGCAAGUAUAUUUCCCAGAUAGGCGGUUGAUACAGUUUGAUUGUGGUAAGCUGCAGGAGCUUGCUAUCUUGCUGAGAAAACUUAAAUAUGAGGGUCAUCGAGCUCUGAUAUUCACUCAAAUGACCAAGAUGCUUGACAUAUUAGAGGCUUUCAUUAAUUUGUAUGGUUAUACUUACAUGCGUUUAGACGGCUCUACUCAGCCGGAAGAGAGGCAGACACUGAUGCAGCGGUUUAAUACAAAUCCCAAAAUUUUUCUUUUCAUCUUAUCAACUCGAAGUGGUGGUGUUGGUAUUAACCUUGUGGGUGCAGACACGGUUAUAUUUUAUGACAGUGACUGGAAUCCUGCUAUGGAUCAACAAGCUCAAGAUCGCUGCCACAGAAUAGGUCAGACACGUGAAGUGCAUAUAUAUCGGUUGAUAAGUGAGAGCACUAUUGAAGAAAAUAUCUUGAAGAAAGCAAAUCAGAAGCGUGCCCUUGAUGACCUUGUGAUUCAGGGUGGUGGGUACAACACUGAAUUUUUCAAGAAGCUCGACCCCAUGGAGCUGUUCUCUGGACAUAAGGCUCACACCAGUAAGGAUGACAAGGAAAACAACCGCAAUCCUGGAACUGAGGUCGCUCUGUCAAACGCAGAUGUGGAGGCUGCUUUGAAACAUGCCGAAGAUGAAGCAGAUUACAUGGCUCUUAAAAGGGUAGAACAAGAAGAAGCAGUGGAUAAUCAAGAGUUUUCGGAAGAACCUGUUGAUAGACCUGAAGAUGAUGAGCUCGCAAAUGAAGAUGAUAGAAAGUCUGAGGAGCCUAUUGAUCAAGGUGUCGUGCCAGCAGCUUCAAUUAAAGACGAAAGCUUUAUCUUAAAUUAUGCUGAUACCACAGAAGAGAGAGCUGUCGUUACUUUUUCAAGCCAAGAAGAAGAUGCUGAUAUGCUGGAUGAUGUCAAACACAUAGCGGAGGCAGCAGCCGCCACUGGACAAGCUAUCUCUUCUUUUGAGAAUCAGCUCCGUCCAAUUGACAGAUAUGCAGUAAGAUUUCUGGAAAAUUGGGAUCCCAUAAUAAACGAGGUUGCAGUGGAAACUGAGGCUGGAUUUGAAGAGAAAGAAUGGGAACUUGAUCACAUUGAAAGGUACAAGGAUGAAAUGGAAGCUGAUAUUGAUGAUGGUGAAGAGCCUCUAGUGUAUGAGAAGUGGGAUGCUGAUUUUGCAACGGAGGCAUACAGGCAACAAGUUGAAGCCUUAGCUCAGCAUCAGUUGAUGGAAGAUUUGGAAAAUGAAGCUAGAGAGAGGGAAGCUGCAGAAGAGGCAGAUUUGCAUUCUACACAGAAUGAUUUUGCAACGAAACCUAAGAAGACGAAAAGGUCCAAGAAAGCCAAGUUCAAGUCCCUGAAGAAAGGAUCUCUAGCUUCUGAAUCGAAACCUGCAAAACCGGUAGUGAAACUCGAAGCUUCCACAGAUGAUAAUAACGAUGACGAUGAUGGUGCUGGCUACGAGAGUAGUAGUGACUCGGACAUGAUAUCAUCACAUGCAUUGAUGCACAGGAAAUGCAAGAAAAGAGAAUUAGUUGUUGACACUGAGGAUGAGAAGACCUCAAAGAAGAAACCAAAGAAACCCAAGAAAUCUCUUCCUGAUCUUUCUCUUUCAGAUGCGAAAUACAAUCAAUCAAGUGAACUGUAUGUUGACUUUAUGCUGUCCAAGCAAUCUGACAGCAUGGUUGUUGAUAAUGAGUUGAAACCAGCAAGCAGGAACAAAAUUAUGGGGAAGGUUUCCAUAACUUCCAUGCCAAUAAAGCGUGUUCUUUUGAUCAAGCCAGAGAAGUUAAAGAAAGGGAACCUGUGGUCAAGAGAUUGCGUCCCCUUGCCUGAUUUUUGGUUGCCGCAGGAGGAUGCUAUAUUAUGUGCAAUGGUACAUGAAUAUGGCCCCAACUGGAGUAUGAUUAGCGACAAUCUUUAUGGCAUGGCUGCUGGUGGGGCCUACAGGGGACGAUGUCGUCAUCCGGCUUAUUGUUGCGAGAGAUAUAGGGAACUUGUUCAAAGACAUAUUUUGUCUGUUUCUGACAAAACGAUGAAUGAGAAAAAUGUCAAUGCAGGUUCAGGGAAGGCUCUCCUUAAAGUCACUGAGGAAAACAUCCAGUCACUCCUGAACGUUGCAGCUGAGCAGCCCGACACAGAGAUGCUCCUUCAGAAACAUUUUACUUGCCUGCUAUCAGCUGUUUGGAGGAUGUCGUCCUGCUCUGAGAAUCAUCAAAACCUCUCCUGCAAUGAUCUUGGCUUCAAUGAAAAACUUUUUGGUUCUGUGAAUCACACUCGAGAUUUAGUCAGAGAACCUCUUCAGAGGAUGAAGAUCACCAGCUUAAGUAGCAAGUUGUUGGAGUCUGCCCUCCAGGACGCAAGCAGGACUCAACCAGAUAACACUGUUCCUCCUGGAUUGCAGGAGCAUCAAUCCAUCAAUAAGGAGGAGUUAGACUUGACCUUGGAAUUUCAGCAGCACAUGGAUGAAUCCUUGGUUCCAUUCCCACCGAUCAUUAAUUUAUCUAUCUGGGGAGAUUCAUUAAAAUACACAGAUGACCCUCCGGCAGAAGAUCAUUUAAAAGCUUCUCAGAGUGUUGCAGAGAACCGUUAUAGGUCUGCUACAAAUGCUUGUGUUGAAGAUUGUUUCGGAUGGGCUUCAAGCACUUUCUCAGCAAAUGAUCCAAAGUCGAGAAUGGCCUCUAAGGCACAGUCCUUGGGGAAACACAAGCUCGGAGCUUCAGACUCAGUCAAAUCUUCUAAAGGAAAAGUGCGGAAACUAUCAGCAGAGAAUUCAGAGACAAACCCAUUUCAGGAGCCAAGACGUCCAAGCAAGCCAUCCCAGCUGACAAACGACCCAAGUCUGAAAUUUGAUUUCACACCUGUGGCCACAGAGGAAAAUUUGAUAGUUGAAGUUUAUGAGUGUGAUUCAGGAAUAUUAUCAGAGAAGGGACCCCAUUCAGAAGAAAUAUAUGGUUCAGAGGGAAGGAUCUCACAUUGGUAUGAUCCUGGGUUUAUAUCAGGACUUGAUGAUUUCCCAAGUUCUCUGGAAAGCGACUAGACUUGAGAUGAGCUGAUCUAUGAAAUGGUGUAUUUGGCAUUCAAAAGGAUGCAUAUGGUGGUUUCUGAUUAGUAUAAAAGAGCAGAUCAGGAAGAUGGAUGGAUGGGAACUUGGGAGUGUUAUGUGUAAAUAAAACGUAUGGGGUUGGGAUUAUAUCUGUCAUAUGCUUUUGUCGGGGAUCCCCAAUUCUUUGUUGGUUCCUUGUGUGUUU